GUCAAAUAGUUUAUAAAUUAUUAUCUAAACUUAGAUUUACUAAAUUUUCAUGAAAUAUGAUUUGUACUUGAGUUGUUAUAUCAAUUUCUAAUAUCCAUCGCAGUUAUUUAUUUACAAAGUGUGUAAUAUAUUUUUAAAAUUACUAAAAUGUACAUCAACUGGUCCACAAUACUUAAAGAUUUAUCACCCUCAUUUUGGGGAUAUUUAGGCAUCUUCUUCUCACUCGGAUUAUCCGUUUUCGGAGCCGCAACGGGAUUAAUGUUAUGUGGGCCAUCGAUAAUGGGCGGUUCGGUGAAAUCGCCUCGGAUAACAGUGAAGAAUUUAGUGUCGGUAAUAUUCUGUGAAGCGAUUGGGAUUUACGGGCUAAUAGUGUCAGUGCUACUGAUGAACAUCGCAUCAAGAUUUACGGGUGAAAAGGCGCCUCUAAACCUGCUUGAUAAGGAAAUUACUAAGUUAUAUUACAAUGACUUGUUUCGCGGCUACUCAAUGUUCGCCGUAGGCCUAAUUGUCGGAUUCUCAAACCUGUUCUGCGGAAUAUCUGUCGGCGUUGUUGGAAGCGCCUGUGCCCUGGCAGAUGCACAGAAACCUCAAUUAUUUGUCAAGGUCCUCAUGGUUGAGAUUUUCGCCAGCGUCUUAGGCCUCUUCGGAGUCAUUGUCGGCGUUAUCAUCGUGUCACUCGUACCAUAAUCUUCUCCUCACACUUUCACAUUCUAUUCACACUCUUUCACAUUUUAUUCACACUCUUUCACAUUUUAUUCACAUCUUU